AUGAUGGUUGGAUGGAGGUAUCGCGGGACGUUCCCUUGCUUGUGGUCCGGUGACCUUGAUUGUAAUGAAUUGGAAGAGAAAGACGCAGAAGUUAAACUUGCCAGCAAAACAUACACUGAUUCCGUGCGGGGAGCUAAACCUUCGAACAUCCAGGUCGGCGACAUCGUUUUACUGGCACAAUCUAAGAAGAGCAAAGUUGAUCCUACAUGUUCAGCAGAGCGAUAUACGGUGAUUGCCAGAGAAGGUACAAAUGUAGUCGUCAUGAGCAAAGCUGGAAUACAAUAUGCUCGAAAUAUGCGAGAAGUGAAAAAGGCUCCAGAAACUUAUAAAUCCAACGACUCCUGUUUGUCCCGGAACCUACGACAAAGGAACGUUAUCAAGCGUCCUAAACGAUUUGACGAUCAGUUCGUGUACCGGGUUUUCUGGUAA